AUGGCGGUUUUCGCCACAGCAGCAUCCUCGCAGGUUCGCGCCGGCGCGGCCCUUCGCCUCGGCGCCCUGCUGGCCAGCGCGGCGCUGGUCGCAUCAGCAGGAGCAGAGUGCGACGCCGCCGGGACGUGCUCCGCGGCGGCUGCCGGCGGGCUGCCCGGCGGCCUGCCAGCGGCUGUCCUUGCAGGCGCCGCCACCGAGGGCGUGAGCCUGCUGCAGAAGCCGGGGGCGGUGCUGGAGAAGGCGCUGCCCGACGACGGCGGCAACCCUCACCUCAUCAACCUCCGCCGCGAGUCGGUACCUAUAUACCGCCGUGGCAAGGUGGCCUCCUUCAAGACCUCGUACUCUGGGAUCCUGCAUGUGGGCAACCCGCCUCAGGAUUUCCGCGUGGUGUUCGACACCGGCUCCGCCCACGUGGUGCUGCCAGCCGCGGAGUGCAAGAGCGAGUCGUGCCUGGUCCACCGGCGCUACAACAUGAGCACCUCCAGCACCUCGCUCCCGAUCAACACGGACGGCAGCGUGGUCCCGGAAGGCCAGCUGUGCGACCAGGUUACCAUCGGCUUCGGCACCGGGCAGAUCACGGGCGAGUUCGUGAAGGACACCGUGUGCUUCAACCUUCCGGACGACUACGUGACGAAGGCCCACGCCGAAGCCGAGGUGAAGGCCGCCGCCGCGGCUGAGGCCAAGGCCGCGGCGGAGGCCGAGGCGGCCGAGCUGCGGGCGGCCGCGGAGGCGGCUGCAGCCAGCGAGGGCGAGGCGGCCGAGGCGGCCGAGGCCGAGGCGGCCCAGGCGGCGGCCCCCGCCGUGGCCGAGGCCGAGGGCGAGGGCGCCGCGGCCGAGGCCGAUGGCGCCGCGGCGGAGGCGGGCGCCGCGUUGGCGGGCGCUGAGGCCGUUGCUGGAGCCGCCGCCGACGUGGACCCGUCGGCGGGCGACCCGAUCGUCUUGAGCCAGACUGACGUCGAGCUGGCCGCUGCCCAGCCCGAGGCCGAGGGGUCCGACCGCACGACGGACAGCGCGGAGGCGGAAACCGCCGCAGACGAGGCCCCGGGCGCGGCCGACGCCGAGAACGGCACGGGCGGCGACGAGGCGAUUCGCGAGGAAGUGCACGUGGACCCGAGGAGCGAGGCCGAGAAGGCCGCGCUCGCCGCCCGCGCGGAGAUCGAGCACCCGCCGGGCGCGCUGUGCGUGGACAUGCACGUGGUGCUCGCUGUUGAGAUGUCAACGCAGCCGUUCAAGUCCUUCCUUUUCGACGGCAUCCUCGGCCUGAGCCUGGACGGCCUCGCGCUCAACUCGAAAUUCAGUGCCGCCGACAUCCUCAUUGGCGAGAGGAAGAUCGACCGCCCACAUUUUGGCGUCUACCUGACCGAGGGCGAGGACGGCGAGGACAACGAGAUCGCAAUGGGGGGGCACAACCCGAAGCGCGUGCUCGAGCCACUGACCUGGUCGCCGGUCAUCAUGGCCGACAUGGGAUACUGGCUGGUGAAGAUCGUGGCCGUCCGGAUAAACGGCCAGGAGCUGGACGUGUGCAAGGACGGCACCUGCCGCGGCGUGGUGGACACCGGUACCUCACACCUGGGUGUCCCUGCGCCCUACGACGCAGAGGUGGCCGACCUGCUCACCACCCCCGCGGGGGAGCUGAAGGACUGCCGCCUCGCGGACGCGCCGGAGAUGGAGAUCGAGGUCGAAGGUUACAACCUGUCGCUGCACUCUUUCAACUACAUGCGGCGGCUUCCGCUUCGCGAGGGCGUGACGGUCGGCUCCAAGCAGGGCGUGUACAUUCCGUCGAACGAGACUAACGCGACCUUAAAGCACCGGUCCUCCGCGGACGCCGUGCCCGUCCAGGAGGCCAACGCCACGGCCAACGGCAACCAGAGCGCCGGCGCAAACGCCAGCGCCAACGCGACCGGCGACGCCGCGCCCAACGCCACGGCCAACGGGACCGCGGAGGAGGAGGGGGAGGUCCGCCGCUUCUGCCGGCCGCGCCUCAUGCCCGUGAGGCUGCCGGAGCCACUCGGCCCCAAACUUUUCAUCCUCGGAGAGCCGGUGCUGCACCGCUACUACACGGUGUUCGACUGGGGGCAGCAGCGGGUCGGCUUCGGCCUCGCCAACAACCGCCGCAACACGAUGAGCGCCGAGGAGCACGCGGCCCUGCGAAAGGACGGGGGCACGCUGCCGAAGGAGGUGGACAUGCUGCUGAUGCAGACAUCCUCUGAGCGCAGCCGGCGGCCGUCUGCCAGGCUCUGA